GUUUCACUUUGUAUUAUCUUUUUGUAAACAUGAAUCAAAAUUUUUUUUGCCUUUACCAACAUGUCUUAUUUACAAGAAUUUUUAAAUUUAAUUGUUGUCACAAUAUUAAAUGUCACUGGAUUUAACUUGAUCAUCAUCAUUACAGGUCUUCAGAGAAGGUUCAGACACCAUGUUCCGUACCAACUCUACCUAAAUUGCCGCAACCACAAACUAGCACUGUGUGUGAAGCACUUGAUGCUGAGCUUUCCGGUCUUACAAGAUGUUGACAGUCUUCUUUUAAGUGUUUGGAAACUGUUCCAUUACAGUCCGCAGAAGUAUGUUAUCUUCAUGGAUGUACAGAAAGCCUAUGGGUUGAAGAACCUUAAGAUGAUACGGGCUGCAGCUACAAGGUGGUUGUCGCAUGGUAGGGCAUGUAGACGUCUUAUUGAACGCUAUGUCCAGGUUCUAGAUGCUCUAGACGAAAUGAUUGACAGAAAGCAUGACCCAGAAAUUGAUGGAUUGAGAAACAUGCUGUGUUCAAAGGGUACUCUGGCUGGUAUCCUGAUAUUAUGUGACCUGUUGGAACCAGUUAUUGUCUUUAGUGAUUAUCUUCAAGGUGCCAGUAUAGACUUCUCACAUGUCAACAAAAAAGCCAAGGAUCUGACUGAUGCCUUACACACCCUGACAGAGAGGUUCCAUGACUCCAUCCAGACUCCUGAUGCUGACUUGUACUUUUCCAAGAUGCCAGCUCUUUUCAUGGAAAUUGAUGAAAGAACUAUUCUGAUGAGGAGAUUACACCGUAAAAAAGGGAAUGAUGGAGUUUACGAUCCAGAACAUCUUGUGAAUGAAGUAGCUGUACCUAUAACCCACCACCUUAUACAAGAAAUUGAAGAUGCUUUCAGGUGCUCUCCUGUUCUUUGUGCAUUUAAUGCAUUUAGAUUGGAGUCUGACCCAGAUGACAUUCAAGAACUGAAGGACUAUAAGAAGGUAUAUUAA